UGGCUGCCAGCCUCCCGACAAAAGCUGGAUAUAUACAUGUGUCACCUGAGCCUAACAGUGACCCACUUUGUGGUUUAUGUAGAGCAUAAAAAUAACUCACGACGUUGUCAUGCCGCCUGUUGCAAGUCACGUCCGGUAUGUACAUGUAUCUUAGUUACUAUCAUAGCCGUGUGCAGCCGUAUGUUGUGUAGUACUCAUAUGUGGCUCGUACUCCAGUUUAUUUGUAUAAAAUGAAUUGAUCUAACACUUGUGAUCCUCCUCUGUUUCACCUGUGAUCCUGCGACAACCAUGACGCCGUCUAAACUGGUUACAACCUCUGAAGUCUUCUGGUCGCCAAAACAGACGUGAAAAUUUACGCGGCGGCAGCCAUCUUGUAUAGCUCAUAAGACAUGGCCACAGCAUCCUCCACAGACGACCCAAUCUCCUGCAGCCUCUGUUUGGAGGUAUUCACUGAUCCGCGCGUACUUCCGUGCGGACACACGUUUUGUUUGACGUGUCUCCAAAAUCACAUCGACGCCAACAACACAGAUUAUACUUUCGUGUGUCCAAACUGCAGGGACGUGGUCGGUAUUCCUGACAACACACAACCUACAUCGUCUUGGGCUUCACAGUUCAAACGAAAUCUAGCACUCCUGGACGCCAUUGGUCUCAUCAAACAAAUUAAAAUAUGUGGCGACCCAAGAGCGACAACUCAACAAGACCCAAAUAGACUGGUAAUUGAAUCUUCCUGUGAAACGAUAAAGAAGUUCAGUCAUUUUAUAGAAAAGAGGAUGACGUCAGACAUUAAGAGACUACAGCGAAGCGUCGACGUCAGCGCGACACCGACUGCGGCUCAGAUGCAGAGACAAGGAGAUAAACUGAUUGCGGAGUUCACAACAGCACUCCGCACUGAACUGGGAAAGAGGAUCUCAGAACUGGAAAAAUGUCGUCAGUCUGUUAAUAACGAAAUAGUCGAAUUGUUCACCGAUGUUAACAGACUGAUAGUGGAAAGUAAAGAAUGCCUGAAAUUGGGCGAAAAUCUCCUCAGAUCUGCGUCACUUUGUGAUAUGAAAAGACAUGUUUCCAAAUUUUCAAAAAUACAAAAUAUAACAACUGAUUAUUUAGCCACACCACGUUCUGAAUUUCCUGAUUUGGCAAUAACUUUAGUUGAACCUGAGAAAACAAGAAGCAAAACGUUUUCUGCGGAGAUUGGGAGAAUUUCGAGACCUGACGUAAAAUCUAUCAAGAUAACACACAGAAUAUAUUUACAGGCGUCGAUAUUUGAACAAGACAUCGAGAUAAACCGGAAGUCAGAUAGGUUAAAGCAUGAACAAACGAUAAAUGCAAAACUGCAAUCUGAUACAAAAUGUCCAUUGUUAUUAUCUAUCCUAGUGUUAGAAGGUCAAGACUCAAACAAGAUCAUUGUUACUGACUGGUCAAACAAAUGUAUAAAAUCAUUUUGCUCUCAACAGAAAACGGUUCAGAGUCUCUACAGGACCACUAGCAAACCAUGCCACCUUGCUAUGACACGUGACCACCAGGUGCUCGUCACCCUGCCAGAAGAAAGAAAACUAUUAUAUCUGAAUGUACAAGAUGACAUACACCUGAUGAAGACGGUGACAACCAAGAAUGACUAUAACGAUAUAACCGUGUUGCCUGACGACAACAUGGCUGUGACUAGAGGAUUGUCUGGGUGUGUGGACAUCCUAAACCAGUGGUGUGACGUCAUACGGUCUAUUCCUAACACGGUGAUCUCCAACCCCGGCUAUCUAACAGUGAAAGGUGACACUCUAGUUGUUGUAUCAGAUUCCACUAACAUUGUCACAUGUGUGUCGUCAUCAGGACAAGUCAUGUGGGUAUCACGUGAUUCAGCAAGGUUUCGUCGGCUAUAUGGUGUUGCAUGCGACACGGAGGAGUUUGUUUAUGUCUGUGAUAACAAUAGACAUGCCAUUGUUCAGCUGUCACGUGACGGGGAGGUUAUUCGUGACGUCAUCACACAGAAAGACGGCCUAAAACAACCUGUGUCUCUCUGUUGUGCUCAAUACAAACUUUAUGUCACCCAGGAAAAUGGAGAAAUAAAAAUAUUUGGCUGGAGCCAAAAUUAACAUUGACCCUGCCGGGUGUAUAUCACCAAAUUAAAUCACAUUGAUGACAACAGUAAGUUACAGUAACAUAUGUGACUAUAACGUCAACACACAGUGUUUCAAUCAACACAUACACCAUGAAUAUAAACACUACAACCUCCCAACCUUAAAAUAGUGUUUUUGAAUAGAUGUUAAGUUACGCGUUUUAGACAUAAUUGGAAGCGUCUUUGACUCUUUGAGUUCCACACAGUAAUUGUUAUCCUGAUUUUAGGAGGACUCCGCGCAUGUUACAAGCAAGUAGUUGUUGGUACAUUGACACUAGUUCAAAUUACUUUCCACACGAAACAACAUUUUAUAUUUUAAAAAAUAAUGUCAUAUUUGUCAGAACGGCACUAAUGGUUGCGGGGCGGGACUUAGCCCAGUGGUAUAGCGCUCGCUUGAUGCGCGGUCGGUCGAGGAUCGAUCCCCGUCGGUUGGGCUAUUUCUCCAACCAUCCAGUGCACCACAACUGGUAUGCCAAAGGU